AUGAAUGUAAAAAGGUAGAAUGAGUAACCGUAAGAGUACCCUACAGGUUGUUAGGAGAAGGAAUGUAAAAAAAUAUGUGAAGAGGGUUACUAAUUAUGUGCUGACAAGAACAAUAUACAAUGCGAAUAUGGCUAUUUUAAAUUAAAUUUUAAGAACGAGAAUUAUUGUGUCAAAUGUCCAUUAUCAUUUAAGGACUAAAUGAUGUACCUAUGCAUGGAUUGUAGGGAAAAUUCAGAGACUUGGUAAUCUUCUAGAUUAUGCACUUACAAUUAUGCCAUCACGGAUGGAGAUGUCAAAGGAGCAUUUAGGAAGAUGCAAACAAAUGAUAUACAAAUAUAUAAUAUAUUUGAAGUGGCAUCCUUGACUGAAGGAGGAAAGAGAAGUUUUGACACAGAAUUAUGUGUGGGAUGCGAAGGAUUUUGUGAUGAAGGCGAUGAAGGAGAUGAAGGAGACGAGUGUAACAUCCUUUCGGAUUAAAAUGAUGCAUCUCAUAUUGGAGUAGUUUGCGGGGAUGGUUAUUACUUUGAAAACGAUCUAUGCACUUAAUGUCCUUUUGAUAAAUGCAAAUCUUGCGAUAGUUAGAGUUGUUAUGAGUGCUUCGAUGGGUUUGCACUCGAUUUCAGUUCUUAAUGCAUUCCCUGUUUUUCAGGAUGUGCAAAGUGUGAAUAUUUUUAUGAUAUUAUAUGCUUGGAGUGUGUUUAAGAUAAAGACAAUUAUUUGGUGUUGAUGAAUGAUGGACUGACAUGUGCUUAAUGUGAUUAUGCAUGUUAACGGUGUUAAGUCGAGUAUGUGGAUGGAGUAGAAUAAUAGAGAUGUACACAAUGUGAACCUGGCUAUAUUGUAUACAAUGAAGGGGCAUGGUGUGAACAUCUAGAGAAAAGUGACUGUGAAAUAGGUUACUAUUAAUAUUCCUAAGAAGGAGUGGAUAAAUACACAUACACUUUAGGUUUUACAAUGGCGGUGGAUUAUUCUUCAGAGCAAAAAUGUUAUAAAUGCAAAUCAGAGUAUGAAGUAGACAGUGGAUCUUGUGUUGCUUAUACUGAAACCGAUAAUUGUAUUUCCUAUGAUAAAGAUAAAAGUUUAUGUUUAGAAUGCAAAGAUAGCAAUCUUCUUAAAUAUGAUACAAGUACUGCUACUACAAAAAAUUCUUGUUUGGCAGAUUAAGAUUGCAGUAAGAAAAUUAAACAUUGUUUAAAAUGCAUUUCAUAUACUGUCAAUACUGUUGAAUAAUUUUAAUGUGUAAGAUGUCAAAAAGGAUAUUAUCCUGAUAUUUUCUCUAAUUUAUGUAUGCAAUGCCAAUCUAGAUGUGAUGAAUGUUGGUAAUAUACUAACAGCUAUAAUAUUACUGCCUAUCUCUAAUUGUAAAUGGCUGCCAUUGACUAUGUGCAAUAUCAAAAAGAUAUAGAAAUGAUCAAAAAGGAAAAAUUAAAUGAUCCUCUCUGUUCAACUUGCCAAGAGGGAUUCAAUCUUUACAAUAACUAAUGCAAAGGUUGUACUGAUAGCUGUGUCCCUGGCGACUUUGCAGAGAAAGACUCUGAAUGUUUGUAUUUAGAUGAUACUGCCUAUUGUGCAAAGUGUCCUAUUCCUAAUUAAUAAUAAUCACUGUCUGCUGACAAUAGUGAAUGCAACGAGUGUCCCAAUUACUGUAUUGCUUGCAGGGAAAGAACUUCGGAUGAAAUAAAUAAUGUUAAUCCCUUUUUUAAUCCAGAUUUUGAUUAAUUAAACAAAUACAGUAAUUAUUGUUACAAGGCUGCAAACCCAAAGCCUAAUCAAAAGAUUUAUAUAGACUCCUUUUUGGGAGUUCCCAUUACUUGCAAAUCUGAUGCAAGCUCAAAAGGAUGUGAAAAAAAACUAGACACUGAUGUGUUUAUAAAUUGUGGAGAGACUGCAGGGCCUAAUGAAAUCAAGUUGAGAGAUGUAUAUAAAAAACAGAAAACCAAAAUAGUUACAUUAUUCCUUCAGGGAAUAGAAAAUGCAUAAAAAUAUAAUGAAUACAAUUAGUUAACUGUCACAGAGAUAAAUAUCAAAAUCUAUUUCAAGCCUGACAAUAAUGGAAUUUGUGUUUUUGAUAAACCUUUAUAAAUCAAAUCAGGUUUCUAAAGGAAUGUCUUUACUUUGUAGAAAUUAUCUAUUGUCAUAAAUGGUUAAGAUACAAUCUUUAAGCAAACAGGAAGAAUGAUACUAUAGGAUUAUUCUUCAGUGGUGAUUUAAGAUGUCCGCUUCAAAGAAAAGUCAUCGGGGGAAUUUGGCUUAGAAAUACUGGGUUAAAAGACUAUGCUCACUAUGACCAACUGUAAAAUAGUUAAAGAAAACGUAGCCAGUGCAUUCAACAUAGUAUUAUAAAAUACUGUAUAUCUCAAAUUAGAAAAAGUUGAAUUUGAAAAACUCAAAAAUGAAAACUUCCUAAAUCAAACCUCAACUAAUACAAUCACAGAUCAAGGUUAUUAUAUAUUUGAUGAUGUUCAUGUAAAAAAUAGUGAAAUAAAUGAUGUUCUCAUUACUGUUAAUUAAAUAGGAAUAAAUAAUGUUUUGCAAAUUAAUUCCUUAAAGUUCACAAAUGUUAAUAUUACUAAUACAGCUGUCUUUUCAGAUUUAUAAACAACUUCAAGUUACAGUGUUAUUGUAGAUAAUCUUAAACUGAUUAAAUGUACAGUUACAAAUGGAAGCAUCUUCAAUUUUGGUACAGUCAAAUCUUUUCAAGCCUAAAAUUUAGAGAGUGUGUUGACUUUAUUCUAACUAAAUUCUAAUUUCGUAGCGAGUACUGCUUUUGCAAUCGAAAAAAUGUUUUGUUAUCGAUCUUUAUUUGCUAAUAGUUCUGAACUUAUUGUGUCUAAUAACCAAAUUUAUCUCUCAGAUUAGAAACCUAGUAUUUUAUAGUUUACUUUCAAAAAAAUUACAUUCAGAAACAACAUUUGUUAAAAUAUUAAUUGCUUGAUGAUCAUCUCCACUCCACUCAACAGCUUUGGAAUCAAUACCAACAUUUAGAUUGAAGACUUAAUCGUAGAGAAUUUACAAAUCUAAACCAUAAGCUAGAUAGAUAUUGAUUCUGUUUCAUCAGCCUUGGUCUCCUUACAAAACAUUGGAAAUGUCACUAUGAAUGAAAUAACACUCAAGAAUACUCAAGGAAUAUCGAGCUUUUUUAUUGGCCAAUCUUAAUCCAUUCAAAUUACUAAUGCCUACUAUUUCCUGGAAAUGGACAAUACUAUGAUUUAUGAGUAUGAUGAAUACAUAACUGAAGAUUUUGAAGUAGAUCCCAAUCUAAGCAAUAAUAUAGCUGUCACAAAUCCCUUCAAUAACCUAUUACCUAACUCUCUUGAUUGUGCUGCCAGGAAACAAACCGCAUAUUAAUUUAACUCAUACAUGAUUUAUGUUGAAGGAUUUCAAGGAUCCAUCUUAAUGUAAGACAUUGAAGUUUACAACAAUAUUUUCAUAGAUAGAUCUGCUAUUGUGAUUAAAUCCUACCAAAACCUUCAAUUUAUGUAGUCGGAAACAAUUCUGCUUUAGAACAUGUUUUUCGAUAAUAAUAGACUUGCUUCAACAUUAAAUGGAAAGGAGAUGAGUUUAAUAACAAUUGAUUCCUAACAAAAUUAAAACAUAACCAUAAUCAAUGCCCAAUAUAAUCAGAAUCAUUUGCACCAAAUAACUGAUUCCUAGACCAGUCAAACCCCAGCCCUGCUAUUAAUUAUCUCUCCGAAUUCCUUACUUAAUCUAAUUAACUCUUACUUCAAUUACAAUCGAAUCUCAAAAUCCACAAAUGGCUUGAUGUGGCUUAAGGUAGAUUCGUUUAUUCUAAGCAACUGUCAAUUCUAAAAAACCAAUAUUCUAGAUCUUCAAUGGCUAGAGUAUCUGGAAGAAUAGCAAUUAACAACAAGUGAUCCCGAUACAACAGCUUCAAAUCUAAAACAAUUCUUCAAGAUUUUUUCAAAGGGAUCAAACUUUUAUUUAAUUGGUAAAUUCAUAUACAUCGACAAUUUGUCAAUUAAAGAGUCCUUUGGAUUGUCUGGAAUAUUUCUUGAACUAUUAGAUGGUGUUGUCACAUUGAAACAAUCAUAAUUUUUGAAUGUCCAAAGCAGUUUAUAGUUAGUGGAUAAUACAGAAGGAGGGUGUAUGACAAUAAACUCAGAUAGUUCUCAGAUGCAAUUGGAAUUAUAUUCAGUAACGAUGUCAAAUUGCACUGCCAGAGUCAGAGGAGGAUGCAUCCAUUUAUACCCUACAAAAUUCAAAUAGAGCAUUCUAUUUCAAGACUCACAAUUCUACUUCUGUUAAUCUUUGGGAUAUUCCUUUUUAAGUAAUCCAUUCUUAGAAUCAACCGAUUAGCCAUUAAUUGAAUUUUAGAACAUUGUUGUCGGGGAUAAUAAUUAUAACAAUUUUAUCCAAAAUGUACCAGACAUCUCCUUACUAGAUUAAUUGCAAUUAACUGAGAAUUCUGGAAUCUAUUAUUAACAUACAGGACAAUUGAUAAUUCGAAAUUCCAUCUUUACCAAUUUUAAAUAUGUAAGUGUCAUUAAAGCAGUGGCUAUGACUGACGUAUUCAUAUCUCAAAGUAAAUUUACCAAAAAUACACUUUUCUUAAUGCCCCUCCUAGAUAUAUCAAUGACACCAACUACUGCAAAUCAAAUCCAAAUUGUAUCAUCUCAAUUUGUCGAUAAUGAAUCUACAGAUAUCAAAUCAAUAGUAAAUAAAUGUGACGGGUUCAUCAAGAAAGGGUUGAGUUAGUCAUUACCACAAUAGACUUGUGAUUAAAUUAUGUACUUAAUAGACUUUCAGAAUUACUUAAACUCAGACUAACCUCUUUGGAAUAGCGAGACUUAUCUGGAGACUUAUAAUUAUUUCAAUGAAAUUGAUAAGUAUGGUUCUGUUUAUUCGACUAAUUAUUAUUUUGAUGAUGCUCUUCAAAUUGUGCAAAGAUUCAAUUAAACUAUGAACAAUUCAUUGAUAAAUUGUGUCCUUUAGAAUAUGCUAAAUUUGACUCUGGAAGUUGGACAAACCUUAACAACUUCUAUUAUUAACAUCAAAAGCUUAUACAGCAAUUCCUACUUAACUUUUGAAAAACUGACUAUUGCAUCCAACAAGUGUUAGAGAUGCCAUGGAGGUUUAGUACAAAUAUUGGGAGUGAAUGUUGACAAUUAAAAGGACACUCAUUUAACCCUAACGAAUAUCAAUUGUAAAGACAAUAUAAUUGGCUAUUAUGGAUGCCUAUUAAUUUAGCAAUCACAAGAUAUAAGUGACUUUGUCCCAAAUUAAAAUUUAUUGGAUAUGAAAGAUGCUUAAUUUUCCAACAGAUUGCUGUAAUUAAGUGAGCACAAUUCAGUAUCAAUCUAAAAGUCAAUGUUUUUGUCGAAUAAAGCUAGUGUUGGUGCUGGUAUUAGUAUAUUAGGUUUGGAUGCUUUAUUAAAAGAUAGUGUAUUUUCUGAUAAUUUCGCAAGCCUUGCUGGAGCAGGUGUUUACUAUAAGAAUUUAGGCGGGGAUUAGGAUACUUCCUUGUAUGUCUACAAUCUGUCAUUUUAAAACAAUAAAGCCUAAGUGGGAGCAGCAUUUUACUUAAUCAAUAAGGAAUUAGCAGAUGUAGAUUCAUUAUUAAUAAAAUUUGAAUACAAUAAUGCAACAUUGCAAGCGAGUAAUAUUCAGGAGAAUUCAAGAAGAUAGACUAUUUCAAUGAAUGAUGGUUCCUAUUGUAAAGUUGAGACUUAUCAGAAUCUAAGUGGAGAUUAGAACUUUGAUGGCAACAUUGACAGCGUGAAUGAAAGAAUAAGAGAAAACAUAACUCUGGAUUACCAUACGAUUGGUAACUAUCCAGAGAAGACUAAUUUACUUAUUUUACCUUCAGGAUAAUCCAUUAACACAUACGAAUACUUUUUAGAAGAAACCUAAGAAUACAUUCCAUUUGAGUGGAUAUUUAGAGUUAUCAAUUUGAAUAGAUUUAAUGAACCCAUAGUAAAUGAUUAAGACGGAGACAAGUGCUACAUCUUUGGUAGGAUAUAAAAAUUCUAAAAUUAUUCUGAUAGCUUUUCCUUUACAAAUAAUUUCACAAUUCCUAAUGAGAUGCUAUUUAACAAGAAUUCAAGAGGUUAUGUUUUAGAUGAUAUGCAAUUAACAUUCGAUCCUUAUUUUGAUACGAAUUAUUAUCUAGAAUUGAAAAUCAAAUGUGAUAAAAUGGCAAUUCCAGUAUAUGCUAGUCCUCCAGAUUCUAGAAUUGUAGGGUACAAUAUGGGCUACGAAUUGAUGUUAAAUGUUAGAACAUUUCCUUGUUAAAAGGGAGAAGUCUAUUAGCUUGGUCGUUGUAUACCAUGCAGUCCAAAAUUAAAUUAAUAUUCUGUCAUUAUUGGAGCUGUUUUAUGCGCUUAAUUCAAUUCUGAUUAUAUGGUAGCUAUUAAAAAGUCAUCGAUUCAGUUGAAACCUGGUUAUUGGAGACCAGAUUACAAUAAUGAUGAGUCUUAGUAUUGUGAAAAUCUGGAUGUUAAUUGCAAUGGUGGUUGGGUCCCUGGAAAUCCUUCUUGUUACACUGGUCAUAUAGGAGCAUUGUGUGAAUCAUGUGAUCUCUAUCAGAUAUUUAAUGAUGAAAGAUAUACUCAGACUCAAGCAUAUAAAUGUGCCAGAUGUGCACCAACUAUGUAACUAAACUAUAUAGUUUUGGUGGCUACAUCCAUCACAUCCUUUAUUUCAAUGGUUUUAGCAGUAAAAGGUAGUUACUUUUCAUCAAUGUAAUUUAUCAUCGAAGACACUCUGGAUAAAUGGGGAGUAUUGUUAAAGAGCUCUGAGAGUGAUUUGGCUGUAUUGAUGAAAGUUCUUACUAAUUACUUUUAGAUUAUCUAGUUCAUUGGCUCUUUUCAGAUAUCCAUUCCUAGUUCUGUCAAAUAAACAGCCAAAACUGGAGGUAAUCCUACUGAAAGUACUACAACAGCUAUGGAUUGUCUUUAUGUAACAAUGUCAGAUUUGGAUGUAUUAUACUUUAGAAUGGUCUGGGCAUUCAUCUAACCAGCAAUAUAUUUGGUCGGUUUCUAUAUUAUUUAUUUUGCUGGAAUUGCAAUCAAAAUGGUCCCAUACAAAAUUAAUAUUAUUACAACAGCCUUAAUUUAUUAAUUCCUCUAUUUGUAGCCAUCUUACGUUGAAGGUUUUAUUGUUCUGGCCUCGUCUAGAACCGUAAGUGGUUAUCCAUAUGUACAGAGAGAUGUUGCAUAUAGAUAUGAUAGCGACAUGCAUUAAUAUUACCUCCUAAGAUUUAUUAUGCCUAUGCUCAUUGUUUGGGUCCUAAUUCUACCUUUACUAUUUAUGUUUUUAGUGUACAAGAAUCGAGACACGAUCAACACCAAGUAAACCAAAUUAAUUUAUGGGUUCUUCUAUCUAGAAUAUUAGUUGAAUAGUUAUCUAUGGGAAUUUGUUAAACUAUUCUAAAAAGAAUUCAUGGUCAUCAUUUUAGCAUAUUUUGAAGAUUAAGUUACUGUUAAAGGUCUCUUACUUGUAGUUGUAAUGUUUCUCUAUGGGUUCUAUUAAAUUCAAGUUUCUCCUUACAGUAAUAGGAGACUCAAUAUUUUAGACAGAUAUUCAACUGUUAUUUUAUCAAUUUCAUUAGCUAUGGGAGUUCUAUUAAAAUCAUGCUAAGAUUAAGAAUUUGGGUAUUUAUUUAUUAUUGUGGCCGUAAUCUUAAUCUUAAUUAAUGUUCCCUUCCUUUUGUCCAUUAUAUUUUGUAUUUUUGAAGGGUACAUAAUCAAAUUGUCCCCCGUUUUAGAUAAAAUAAGAGAUAUUCUUAAUGAAAAAUACCCAGAUUUAGGUCAGUAGCAUUCAUGGCUAAGACCUUAUUUGUAUAAUAAAGCCAAGAUGGCUAUCAAAGUCAAGGUUUAUUGGGCUAUCCUAAGAGAUGCUGUCAAAGAUACCAAUUAAAUUUGCAAAUAGCAUGAUGUUCAAUUUAAAAAGAUUUUCCCCCCUUAUGCAAAAUCUAAUGAAGAUGGCAUUGAUAAGAUUGAUUACAUAUCAUUUAGAGGAAAAGACAAACUGAACGAGGACAAAUAACCUUUAAUUUAAGAUUCCUUUAGUCCUAUCAAUAACGAAAAUCAACAAAUCUAACAGCCAAGUGCUAUAAGAGUCGAAAAUAUGCAUGCAAAUGGUGUAGUGUAAAUAGGUUAAUUUUUCACCUCAUCAUUCAUCUCCAACUAAGCUCAAGAACCUGUGGGUAUUACUGGCUAAGGAAUUGAAUAAUGGCCUGAUUAAACCUAGUAUUAAGGAUUAAUUGUUAAUGGUAAAAAGUAAGGAUAAGGAUUUUUGACUUGGCCAUAAAAAGAAAAUUAAAAGCAGCAAGAAUUUUACAAAGGUGAAUUCGAUAAUAAUCUUUUUGAUGGUUAUGGAAUUUAUCAAUGGAGUGAUGGAAAAAUGUAUGAAGGAAGAUGGAAACAAGGCAAGAGACAUGGAUAUGGAAAAUAUUAAGGAAUAAACCAAUAGUAUGAAGGAAAUUUCGAAAAUGACUUGUAUUAAGGAUAGGGAACAUUAACCAUUGGGGAUAAGAUAAUCUCAGGAAUGUUUACUAAUGGUAAAAUGAAUGGAGAAAUGGAAGUCAUGAUUGGAAGAAAGAAAAGAAAAGGAAUUUGGAAGGAUGGAACAUUUUAGAAGUGGAUUAAUUGA